GAUAGCAUUGAGUUGAUUGUAUGGUGAUUUACGUAUCAUUAUUGAUUGUUCUUGGUGAUUGUUUUUUGAUAAAUUUGCCGUUUACAAUAACAAAAUGUACAAGUAUCAAAAAACGCUCAAUAAGUUGAUGAAAUAUCAAUUGUGUUGUUUCGUUAUCCCGUUAUGAGUAUACAAUUAACCACAUCAAAAUAUUUCUUUUUGUGACAAAAUAAUGCAUGCAUUCUCACUUCCAUAUAGUUCAUCUCCAAAGCAACAGCUCUCUAGUGCGUGAAAUAAAUAAAAUAAUUAACUGAUUGACUGAUUGACAUCAUGAGCUCUAUAAAUAAUUAUGGAUAUGAACCUAACAGCAGCCAAAUAAUAUAUCAAAAUCUAGACAGCACAGACCAACAGUCUCUUAAAAAUUUAAUAGCGGAGUUGACGAUGGAAGUUCGGGCUUUAAAGACAGAAGUGAAGGAGCUAAAGGAAGAAAACAAAAUAAAUUUGUUGAAGCUGACAGAGGAAGUUAUUGCGGUCAAAUUGGAAAACAGGGGAAAACCCUCAGAAAGUCAAAGCCCACAAUUCGACCAACUACCAUUUUACCAUAAGAAGGAUCUUGACGAUUUCGAAGCACAGCUUUUACAAAAGCCAGAGUUGUUGGAGAAAUUUAAACUAUAUAUUAAGAAGACGGGGGGUGAAGCGUCAACCCCUUUUCUAAGAGCAGCAAUCAGGCGUAUUUUUUCAGAUGAGUUGGCAAUGUCUUUUUCGUGGAGGGGCACGGCAGAUAAGCCAAGCGCGGAAAAAUGUUUAGUUACAACAAUAAUAAAAAGUAAUAUUAUUUUAUAUUGUAUUAAUUCUUUUAACAAUAACUACAUUUCUUUCCUCUUUCUUUAGAUAUUUGUCA